AUGAAUUUGCGGUACGAGGAUCAACAGAGGCGUCAGCAACUGUUGACCAUCGUGGACCGAGGUAAUGCUGAGCAAUUAUUUAGCUUUUUACAGCAAUUUCAUCGAAAACCAUUUCGAAGUUUGGCAGAAGUUAUAGCAUUUGAUGCAGUUAUUGAUGAUCAAAUUGAUUUUAUUGAUUGUACAGGAACGAAAUAUAAUGUAACACCAUUAAUUAUUGCUUCAGGAAAAGGUUCAUAUGAAAAAACAAAAAUUCUUCUCGUACACGGAGCUAAUCCAAAUAAACAAUGUGCAACAGGUGAUACAGCUUUAAACUUAGCUGUUCAUCGUCAAAAAUAUCAUAUUGCUGAUUUAUUACUUAAAUAUCAUGCAAAUCCAAAUGUACCAAAUCAAUCAGGAAAAACAGCAUUACAUCGUGCGGCUGUAUCGUAUAUUGAUGAAAAUGCUAAUCAUAUACGAGCAUUACUUUAUGCUGGAGCUGAUCCAACAAUUGAAGAUCGAAAUCAACGAACGCCACUUGAUGAAGCUGUUGUUUCAAAUAAACCAGAAAUUGUCAACGCUUUACUUUCUCAUGAUCGAACUUUAACACAACGAGCUUAUCGAGCAGCAAUUAUUGCCGCUCGUCUUGGUUAUGAUAAAUGUUUGGAAGCAUUACUUGAUUAUGGUAUGGAUCCAAAUAUUACGGAUCGAACACGUACAACUCCAUUACAUAUUGCAAUUCGUUCAUUAAAAUUAUCGACAGCUCGUUUAUUAGUUUCUCAUGGUGCUGAUCAAAAUAUGACAAACAAUCGAGGUGAAACACCGCUAGGUAUCGCUGAAUAUCUACAAACUGAUCAAAAACAAUCAUUUAUUAAUGUACUUGCUAAUACACCAAGAGUAGGACCAUCGGAUUAUCGUCGAUAUACAACCAGUACUUCACAUGCAAAUGUUAUUCCAUAUGUUCAUCCAUUGCUUCGUAGUCAUCGUAAUUGGACAUUAGAUAGUGAAGAAUUUCGAAGUAAUACUGAUAUUAAUUCAUCUGUUCAAAAUCUUCUUGAUACUUCAAAUGGAACUUUUUGGUGUUGUACACAGAACAAAGAUGCUUGGGUAAUUUUUGAUUUAAAACAUCAAUUUAAUAUUAGUGGAAUGAGAAUUAUUGGAUGUGAAAAUCAAUCAACACCAAAAACUGGUCAUAUUGAUGUAUCAAAUGCUUUUAAUGGUCCUUGGCUAAAAGUCAAAGAUUUUACAUGUCCACUAUCUCAAGCAAAUAAGAAUGAUUUAUUUUUUGCACCAUUGAAAACUCGUUUUAUCCGUGUAUUUAUAUCGGAUAAUUAUGGCGGAAAUGAUAUCCGUAUACAAGGCAUUGGAUUCUAUGGAGUUGAUAUGCGUCUAGUAAAUGCAUUACGAGAAUAUGGACUUGAACGAAGUCUUCAAACAUUAUUAGCUAAUGGUAUUAAUGACCUUGAAACAUUGGAUGAAAAACGAGAUGAAAUUUUGAAUUCAUCAGAUAAAUAUUUGGAUGUUAAUGAUCAUUUUCAGUUCAUUCGAUUAACAGAUUCAUUGAGGGCACCUACAUUAACUUUUCUGGAAUGGUUUAAUCCACCUCAAUCGAUGGUUAUUGCAGGUGAAAAAUUGCAAACAUUUAGUGCUGCUAGUGAUGAAGGCUUAACAAAUCGUGUUCAAUUAGAAGAGAAACUCGAAAAUAAUACAAAUAUAAGAACAGUACUUUUAAGAGAUCUGGAACCAAUUCAAGGACGUUCAUUAGUUGAUUUUCCUGAUUAUAUGAUUAAAGAUCCUGGUAAAUACAAAGUACGAGUUGUAAGUGUUGAAUCACCUGAGAUACAAACUCCAUGGCAAGAUAUAAUUGUCGGUAAAAAUAAUCAUACAAAAGAUGAUAAUGAUAUAUUAAUUUAUGAUUAUCCACUGGGUGGUAAAGUUAAAUAUUUAACACCAAGAAAAUAUCGUGUAACACAACGUGCACAAUUACCUAAUGUUUUUCCAACAACUAAUAUUGAGGAUGAAAACGAAUUGAAUGCAGGUGAUUAUACUUUAACACCAUCAAAAUAUCGUAUGAACAAAAUCAAUCAAGAUAAUACAUAUAUUAAUGAACAAUCUAAACAAGAAUCUCAUGAAAAUAUUCGUCAAAAUAUCAAUGAACUAAUUGAGAAUAAUGAGUCAGUUGUUAUAGGUGAUUUUAUAUUAACUAAAAAACCAGUGGAAGAUAAGAGUAUCUAUAGUUAUAAACCUAAACAUACUCAUACGUCCUACAUAUACAAAGGUACUCUAGACGCGUCUGAAGUACAGGAACGUGCUAAAAAUAAUAUACAAGAAUAUAUUAAACAACGUAGUCGAUCAUCAUCACCAACUCGUGCUCAUGAGAGAAAUAUUGAUUUACAUACACCUCCAAUACCAUCUAAUAAUGAUUCAAAAUUUGAUUUUUCGUCAAAUAUGGUUCCAUCAACAACACAUUCACAUACUACUACGAUAGAUCAAAAGAAUAUAUAUUAUUUCGGUGAAAAAUCUGGAAGUUUUUCAACAAACGAAGACGAAGAUAUCUCGAAUGAAAGUCAAUUGUGUGUACUAUUUAAUCGUCCUGUACACGAUACACUAAUUAUCAAAAAUCCACCACGAUCAAUUUCUACUCAUUCGAUCAAUGAUAAUAAUAAGAAUUUUACUGUUCAAGAAGUGAUUGAUAUUGGAACAUCAACAGAUGAUUUUUUAUUAGAUGCAACAAACGAUGAUCAAACAAGAACUAUUAGUAAACAACUUUCGUUAGUUACAAAUCAAAGUUCUCGUACUGAAGCAGAAACAUAUAGAGUUAAUAAUACAAAUAUGGAACAUGAAAAUUAUGAAGAUUACUCUGUUAAUCCAUUAUCAAUAGUUAAACAUCCCGGAAGUCUUUCUUCGAGUUAUACAACAACAGAUCGUCCGUAUAUGAAUUUAAAGGAAUCGACUACAUACGAAAUCAAUGAUACAGAUAGAAAUCAAGGAAAUUAUUAUGUCAAUGAUGAUGGUAGUUCUCGAUCUAGUGCAAGACCUUCAGCAGGAAUUCAAAAUUUAUCGAGAAAUAAUCCACUUGCUAGAGAACCACCGUCUGAAUAUCAAGGAUAUGGUGGAAAUAAUUAUCAACCAGAUCCAACCUCAAAACCAACAACUUUACCUUCAAAAACAUCUGACAAUCAACAAGGCUUAUCUUCUAAUACAACAAUUCAUCGGCCAAUUUCAACAACACCGACUGAUUUAGAUGAUGAUGAAGUAGUAGGUAUUACGACUGUUUUUAAUAAUCGAUCUCAACGCUUUCCUCGAACACCAAGACCAUAUCGUCGUAAUUCAUUUGACGAUAGUAAAGAAGAAGACGAGAAUUCUGAUGCAAUGCAACGACGUGGUGAUAAUAAUACAUCAAAAACAAGUGUACAAAAAGCAAAACUUAUUGAUGAAAGUACUCAAUCGGAAGAAAAAUCUACACGAAGUAUUGGUAUAAUGCAUGAACCAGUUAAAACAAAAAAUUUUGGUAAUGAAGCUCAACCACAAUCAUCAGCAACACAAACAUCAUUUUCAUUAAAAGAAAAACCAUCAAAAGCACGAUUCACUUAUAUAGAACGAUCUGAACAACGAAAAACACCAAUCGAUGAACUUUAUACAGAUUCACAAAUGUCUCCUCGACUACGAUAUCCACUUAGAGAAGAUAUUGCCUAUCCUCGAUAUGAAAAAGUACCUUAUGAGUGCUCCACACGAAGAUCUCCACUUACAACGAACUAUCCAUAUGAUGAACAACAACCCUAUUAUCAUGCAGAAUACAAUGAUCAUGAGGAUCAUCAUCAUCAUCAUCAUUCUCCUUCACCAACUUCAUAUCGUCCCACGAGUACAACACUAUAUCGAUCUCGUACACCAUCACCUCAACGUCAGCCUUACAUUCCAACACAAUUACCUCAACGUCGACCUUAUACUCCCACACAAUUACCUCAACGUCGAACGCAUACUCCUUCACCUACACAUCAGUUACGAGGUCCUUCACCACAACGUCGACCACGAUCAAAUGUUCCACGACAUCGACCAGUGAUGCGUUCACAAGAAACAGAUACAAGUUUAGAUGCAAUGAAACAACGACAAAAUGCAGGUGUUCAAUAUGAACCUCGAUCAACGAAAGAAAUAGGAACUACACCUAGUUUACGAACAAAAACUCAAACAACGAAUUAUCAUUCAAAACCUCUUAAUACAUCGAUAUAUUCUCAACAAAACUAUCCUACAACAUCACCAUCAUCUAAACAUCAUGAUCUUUCACAAAAUAAUUUUCAUAUUCAAUCAAAAACAACAGAUAAUUAUAGAAAUUAUUAUCGAAAAGAAGAAGAAGAAGAAGAAUAUGAAGAAGAAGAGGACGAUGACGAAGAAGAAUCACCUUCAAUGCAUGAUAAAUCAACAAUGGCUGAACUUACUGUUAGUUUUGAUCAUUAUACACAAUGUGACUCACAACCUUUUAUGGCUGAUCGUUAUAUUCAAACAACACCAACAGAAGAUAAACAAGGAAAUAUGUAUGAAUAUGUAGAACAACCAGAUAUUCGACAAUUACCACGUCGUACUUCAACAUACAUUCCACAACCGGUUAUUAUUCAACCUGAUACAUUACCACGUAUACGUCGUGCACAACAUUCUCCAACACGUCCAAAACGUGAUGGACUUGAUUAUACUGGAGGUAUUCUUGAAGUUUCACUACAACAUGGUCAUGUACAACGAACAACACCUAUACCUGAAACACCCUUACUUAAUAUCGGUACGGAAAAUAUUAUUCUUCAUUCAUCUACAGAUGAAUAUACUAUUCCAUUUGAAAUACGUUAUCCACAUGAUUCUUUCCCAUCAAGAUCACGAAAUAGUCCAUAUAUUAUACCUGUUCAUGAAUCGCCACGAACUCGCAUAGUUAAUAGUAGCGCUGUACGUCAAUCACAAAAUAAUGGAAAUUUCUUUUUAACAACGGCACCAUCACGUCCAUUAAAUUCAUUAGUACAUAUUGAUAUAGCAACUGAUGAAUAUUAA